GUUCUUUAAAUUGAAAUUCAAUGUAGGAACAAGUUAAUUUGUUUGUGUUUCUAGUCGGACUUCAUAUCCGCGCGGACGGGAAACAUGGCGUUCAACUUUGGCGGCCAGUCGAGCAGCGCGAGUCUUUCUGGCUCUGGGUUUGGAGCCGCAACCACAUCAUCAGCACCCACGGGAUUUGGAUUUGGAUCAAGUACCACAGGGACAUUCGGAGGUUUUGGAUCAACGGCGGCUCCUGCCAGUAGUGGCACCACCUUCAGUUUCAAUACUCCAUCAAAUACAGGUGGAGGUCUCUUUGGAAACACUCAGAAUAAAGGCUUCGGCUUUACUUCUGGUUUGGGUUCAAACACAGCUACAGGAACGGGCUUCGGAACCACUGCACUGGGCUUUGGAGGGUUUGGGGGAAUCCAGCCUGCCCAGACGCAACAGGGUGGUCUGUUUAACCAGCAGGGCUCUCAGUCCAGUCAUCUGAUCAACACCGCCAGUGCGCUCUCUGCCCCAUCUGUGCUCAGUGAUGAGCGUGACUCAGUUUUGGCCAAAUGGAACCAACUGCAGGCGUUCUGGGGAACAGGAAGAGGUUACUUCAACAGCAGCACUCCUCCAGUGGAGUUCAGCCAGGAAAACCCCUUCUGCCGCUUCAAGGCCGUGGGCUACAGCUGUGUUCCUGAAAUGAAGGAUGAGGACGGGUUAGUAGCUCUGACUCUCUGUAAGAAAGAAAUGGACGUUCGCUCUCAGCAGCAGCAUCUGGUCGAGUCUUUACAUAAACUUCUGGGAGGAAAUCAAACCCUCAGCGUGAAUGUGGAGGGGGUGCGAGCGUUACCUGAUGACCAGACAGAGGUGAUCAUUUAUCUGGUUGAACGUUCUCCUAACGGCAUGUCAAAGCGAGUUCCAGCGUCGACUCUCUAUAAUUACAUGGAGCAGAUGACUGUAAAAUCUCAGCUGCAACAGCUUGGUGUCACGAUGACCGUCAGUAGAACUGCGCUGACCCCAGCGCAGCUCAAACAGCUGUUGCAGAACCCACCCGCAGGUGUGGACCCCAUCAUCUGGGAACAGGCUAAAGUGGACAAUCCCGACCCGGAGAAGUUGAUUCCAGUGCCCAUGGUCGGCUUUAAAGAGCUCCUACGAAGAUUAAAGUUUCAAGACCAGAUGACCAAACAACACCAGACCAGAGUUGAUAUCAUCUCUAAUGACAUCAGUGAGCUGCAGGUGAACCAGGCCACAACUGCCGCCAAAAUCACCCAAUACAAACGCAAGCUGAUGGAUCUUUCACACAGAGUCCUGCAGGUGUUAAUCAAACAGGAAGUUCAGAGGAAAAGUGGUUAUGCCAUUCAACUGGAUGAAGAACAUUUGAGAGUUCAGUUGGAAACCAUCCAGUCAGAGCUCAACGCACCCACACAGUUUAAGGGGCGGCUGAAUGAACUGAUGUCUCAGAUUAGAAUGCAGAAUCAUUUUGGAUCCGUUCGUUCGGAGGAGCGGUAUCGUGUGGACGCCGACCUGCUGCGAGAAAUCAAACAGCACCUGAAACAGCAGCAGGAGGGUCUGAGUCACUUGAUCAACGUCAUUAAAGAUGAUCUGGAUGACAUUAAGAUGAUUGAAGACCAACUGCAUGAUGGGAUUCACACACGCAGCAGCAAACUCAGCUGACACACACGCGCCCACCCACGUACGUGUGUGUGUGUGUGUGUGUGUGUGUUUGUUUGUGUUUGUAUGGGGCGCUGUAGGAUCUCUCUGUUCACUUCAUUAAAAUAUCCCACAUUGAAGAAGUGCAGUUGUUUGAGUUAUACGAAUUCAUUUACACUUCUGAGAAUCAGAAAAGACAAACAUUGGAGAUUGUAUUAUUGAAUUUCUGCUGCAGUUUUUCUUUACUUUGUCAUGAAAAUGUUGUCGAGUGCCAUUGGGCUGAAAUAUUAAACUGUGUCUUGGAUUAAA